AUGGGGCCACCCAAGAAGGACUUGCACCUGUUAAGCAAUUGCGACAUCGCGCACACCUGCGAUUCCAGAGAGUGUUGCGGCAAUCAUCACCACCGCGACGCUGCAGCUGCCCCGCCGAGGACGACGAACACUCUUAGUUCCAACAUUGAACGGGAGGGACACGAAAAAUUCGAAAGCUGGCAACAAAAGUGGCGGGACGACCUCCUUGCAGCAAUUCGGGAGGUAUCCUCAUCGUUUAAAUGUGAUAUAGAAAGGUUAGAGUCGCGGUUGCUGGAGUCGGAGCAACGUAUUACUGAACUGGAGCAAGUAAUAAGUACAUCUAAAUCUUUUAAUCCGCCCGACUUGUCUCAGGAGAAUACCCAACUUCGCGCUGACCUGAAAAAUCUUCAGUCCAAGUUCGACGAUCUGGAUCAAGCUUCCCGUAACUGUAACGUGGAAAUCCAAAAUGUGCCCGAGAAAAAGACUGAAAAUCUCAUUCACCUCUCCAUUGAGAUUGGUAAAUUAAUCGGCGUGAAAAUUACUGAGACUGAUAUAAGAUCCGUACAUCGUGUGGCUCCCGGUUCUGCUAGCAAUCGUCCAAAAAAUAUUAUUCUGCAACUUUCCUCCCGAAGACUACGUGACAAUAUAAUAGCGGCGGCGCGGGCGCGCCGCACACUCACGGUCGCGGCCCUGCUCGGUACUCCAACAUCUGCCACCGCCACAGUCUCUCAAAGUGCGCGUUUCUAUAUAAAUGAACAUUUAACACUCAAGAACAAAAUGUUAUUUAGAUCUGUGAGACAACAUGCGCAAAAUAUGUCCUAUAAAUACGUGUGGGUAAAAAAUGCUUGUAUUCUUAUUAGGAAAACCGAUGAAUCUCGUGCUAUUCAUAUAAAAGAUAUUUGUGAUCUAGAUAAAAUAAAGUGA